GUUAAAUUAAAAGGAAGGAGAAGCACCUCCCGGACUCCCUUUGAGAGGUGCUGGUCAGGAUUCUGACGCACAGCCAAAGGUUUCUAAUGGCGAUCUUCCUAAUCCGUGUGGUGCACUAUUUGAUUAACUCUGGGAGGUAACGAAGCAGAGAAUACGGAAAGCAUCCAUAUGUGGGGAACUGCCUGGGCUGGGACUUGUGGUCUGUAUUGUUGUUGAGGUAAAUUAGCAUCUCACUCAUGCAAUAGGCACUUAUAAGAAAGCAAGAAGAAAAAAGGGGUGAACAAGAAAAGACAGUUGAAGGUAAGACAAGUGGCAACAACUUAUAUUCCAUGGUCACCGAAUUGUAGAUGGACUAGAUGCCAUAACCUGUAUAAGUAGAAAAUGGGAGCAGAGGGGUUGAACAAGGAAGAGAGGAAGAAGACGGAACCAGAAGAAGAUGAAGGGUAAGGAGAUAUCGAAAUGUAAAAGAAAAAUCAACUCGGUUUAACUAUUAAUGAUUUUUUUGACAGAAAAUUACAGUAAACUUAGCUUGCUGACAGUUAGACAAGAUUUAUUUGCAUUGCCCCACUAUGUUGAGUUUGAGUAUCUUUUCUGCAUCAUGGUUUUGAAUUUCAGGGUUGCUCUCUCUAUGUAUUGCAUUUGAUCAUACCUUGGUUCUCUGGAUUACUCCAUUUCAUAGUUCACAUGUGUUACGAUGGUUUGAUAAUAAAUGAGAAAAAGAUGGAAGAGGAAGAUGGAAGACAAAGAGGGAGAAGAGGGAAGGGGAUUACUCCAUUAAAAACCAUUGCUUGUAUGCAAUUUGAGUUUGUGUGGGCCAGAUCCUGGGGUGAAGGGAGCAGGGGGGCAGUCCACGGGGAAAUGGGGGCAGUUCCUGGGGAAAGUGGAGGGGAGAGCAGGCCCUGGGGAAAGUGCGGCAAACCAGUGGAUAGUGGAGGGCAUCCCAUGGGCGGGGCGGGGGGCAUGCCUAGUUUCUGAUGCAGCUGCAACACUCGGAACAUGGCUAAGAAUGGAAGGACUAAAAAUAAAAGAAAAGAACUUGUUAGGAGAAGAUAUAAAGCAGAAGAAGAAAAUAAGAGAUAAAGGUAUCAAUUUUUUUAAUGAAAAGAUAGAAUUAGAGCAAGAACAAACAGACAACACCGAAAAAUAUAGAAAAUUAGAAAGAAUGAAAAAUUGAAUUAAACAAGAGGAUGAAGACAGAAAGAAGAAACGUGCGCCAUUCAAAAAUAAGUUGAGAAGCAUUUCCCAGCACAGGCGUGACAAGCGUGCGUCUCAGCUCUUCUUGCGCUUGAGGAAUUAUAAGGUGCUACGCAUGUUUAGCGCCAUUCAAAUAAUAGGUCAAAACAACUUAAACCCAUGUUAAACCCUUCUAAGUCACGGUAAAAGCCUUCUAUCGCGCGUCUUCAUCAUUACUCUCCUAUGCUCUACUCGUGCAACCUGUUCAGCGCUGCAACCACAUCCAACGAAUCAACGAUCAACCCAUUGAAGCUAGCAACUCUUAAGGUUUCUUCUUCCUCAUCAUCUUCCCAUGUUCUUUCUUCUUUCUUUUUCAGAUUGUAGUCAACUCUUAAGGUUUCUUCUUCCUCAUCAUCUUCCCAUGUUCUUUCUUCUUUCUUUUUCAGAUUGUAGUUUUCAUUUAUUUUACCAUCUUCUUGUUGAUCCUUUCUUUUUAUUCUUUCAGUCUAUCUUCUCUCUUUACUUUUACCACUUGCAGUCAUCUAUGCGUACUUUAUAGUUCUCUUUAAACACUUUAUGGUUCUCUUUGCUUCAUCUUAUUAUACAGUCUAUAACUUUAUAUCUUCUUAUCAUCAUUUCAUUUUUUAAUUGUAUAAAACUUCAUGUAAUCUAACUCGGUUAAUAGUUUAACACACUACAAUUUAUGCUACCCGUAGUCCUCAUUUUGCAAAAUCAGCCAAAACAGACCCUGCUCGGUGUUUUGUUUAUGUGAACCAUCCAACCAUGACUUUUUUCUGUGGAUUGUUACUUUGUUAUUGAGAAACAUGACUUUUUAAUGCAUUUAGUUCGAUAUGAUGUUGAAUAUGUCAUUUUUGAUCACUCUAGAAUAGUAUACAUAAUAUUUUCUAAAUAGUGAGCUUGACAUGAGUUAGACAAGUGUUUUUUUGCGCCUUGGGCCUCAAAAGUACUCUAGCGCGUUUUUGACUACCUCGGGGCGGACAGAGUAUGGGAAAAGGGCGAAGCAAGAAAAAAGGAGUAGAAAGGGGAAGAAGAAGGGAGGAAAGGGAGUAUGGGAAAGGGGAAGAAAGGAAAAAUGAGUAGACAGGGGAAGACAAAGGGGGGAAAAGGAAGAAAGCUUAUUAAGUAAUUAUAUUAUUAGGUAAUAUUAUAUGUUAUUAUUAAGUACAUUUGUUACAAUAUUGUAUUAUAAUGUUAUAUUUUAUUAAAAAAUGAUACAUUCUUAUAUUUUAUUUUUCGUUGUUAUACAACAACAUCCAAGCCUUAUUCCCAAAAGAUUUUGGUGUACUUUCCGUUAUUAUAGUAUAAAUAAAUAUUAUAUUUGGCAAAACUAAGUAUAUACACCUUGCAGGUCUGAUUGGAUGAUAUGUCAUGAAUGACAGGCUGUUUAGGGUUCUACCUCCGAAGCAUUCCCUUAUCAGUGUGGUUUAGACACGAGAAAAAGGUAUUGAUUCAUCUUUUGGAUCAAGUAAGAGAUGUGCUUGCAAGAACUGGUCCAAUUUUGUUAGGCCCAGGGGAAAGUGGGGCCACCAGUGGAUGGUGUAGGGCAUUCCCUGGGUGGGGGGUAGGAGGACAUGCCCAUCUUCGAAUGUAGCCGCAGGCCCGCAGCACUCAAUCUUGCCUAGGAACGGAAGGACCAAUGAUGACAAUCACUCCGCCAUCUAAGGGUCGAUUCCCUUUAAGACAUGUCCAUCUGUAAUGUUUGGUUAUGAUAUGCUUAGAAGGAAGUUGAAAGGGGAGGGAUUAGGAGAAAGGGGGGAGCAAGGAAAAAGGAGCAGAAAGGGGAAGAAGAAGUGGGGAGAGGUGAAGAAAGGAAAUAUGAGUAGAUAAGGGAAGAAGAAGGGGGCAGGGAAGAUAGAUCAAAUUAAAGUUAUAGUGAAGGAAGCAGAUAUGAGGAUUAUACAUAUAUACUUUUAAAAUCUAGUAGAUAUCAAUAAAUUUUGUUGAUCUUUGUGCACCGGCCCAGUUGAUCUCCGAUCGCUGAAUAAAAGGAAAUAGCAGCUUCUUCAUUGGGUAGUUAUCUAUAAUAUAGAGCCUGUUUGCUUAGGGUUAUCCUCUGAAUUUUCUGUAAGAAAAAAGUGUCUGGCAAAACAACACCUUCGAGAAACAAACAGAGCCUAAUUUUUAUCCAUGUUUCACCACACAGAAUUCAUUAUCUGCUUGAAUUCAAUUUUUCAUCCAAAUCUAGAAUUACAUGUGAUGGAUAGUCUACCCGGGGUAUAUAUCCGAAGGGUUACUACGGGGAGUAACUUAGAGAGAAGUCAGAGCAAGUAAGUAAGAGAGAGAGUGUAUAUUCGGUAUGUAUUAAGCGUUUUCAGCGUGGUUACAAAUGGGGAAAUGUGGUGCUAUUUAUAGUAGCAAUAAAUGCCGGGCAGGGACACGUGUCAAGCGCUCAUUGGUCGAGGGGUCACCUCAACUGGUUGGCGCUGGCAGCCGCAUGUGGCCGCAUUUAAUGCGGCUGUUGGAUGGGACGUCUGUGCAGAGUACGGUGAUCUGUACGCAUGUGAGGCGGAUAUCUUGUCGAGCGAGAUGCCUUCGGCUAUAGAGCAGUAGCCGAGGGCUCUUCCUCCCGAUGGCACCCCUGGUGCCGAGGGCUCACAGUGCCGAGGGCUACUGUUUUAGUCGUUUUCUCCCGAUUUCUUAGUUUGCUUGAGAAAACCCGUUCUGUGAGAAUUUGGAGCCUUCGGCCAGGGGGCCGAAGGCACCCCUGCGCGUUGUGCAGACUGCUUGGUACUCCGGGCGCUGUGAAUUGGGCCUUCUGGGCCUGUUGGGCCUUUGCUGGAGUAGUGGGAGUCUGUGGGUCGGGGGUUCCCCGGGCCAUAUACUCCAUCAGGAGUCCCUCACUCCUUUUGCCGAAAGGUACUUGAGGGAAAAGGAGUAAUUUGUGCUCGCCCCUUGAUGUUAUCCCGUUGUGAUCUCUGAAGUUGGUGAGGAGUUGUUGCUUUUAUGUCCCUGGCGAAGGCAGUCCCUCAGUUACCCACAUGUCGGGACUUGAGGGCUUGCUUUGUUGUUUGUUGGAAUUUCACAGAUUUUGUAAUUUAAUGAUUUUCCUGAAGGGGUCCUCCAGUCCCCCACUCCUUGAGGCACUUGUAAAGUGGUGAAAAGGAGUGAAGUAGUUAUGUUGCUGUUGUGGGCCGAAGGCUGACGCUCUUCGUUUCAUUUUGGGGGAUGCCUCGUUAAAAACCUCAUUAGGAAAAACCCUUUGGGAAAAAAUCUUAAUGAGGGAAAAAGAGUGCACCGAAUUCCCCCAAUGAUGAAGCGAAAAUGUCAAACCUUGGCAAAAAUGGAGAAUGGCGGGAAUGCCGAAGGCUCUCUCUUCUGAGGGCUCCUGUGUUGAUUAGCCGAAGGCUUGCUGUUGAUGUCCUGGUGGUGCUGAAGGGGAGCCCCUCAAUCCAGGGACCGAGGGCCUGCCAGAUGAGGGCAGCAGUGAAGUUGUUACCGGGGGGCCCACUGUUUGUUGAUGAGUUGGUGAUGAAGAUACCCGAGGGCUCCCAUUACCUGUGUGCCAUGGGCCAUCCGUCAAUGAGGCACUCCCCGGGGGCUACCCGGUUUUGUAGUGCUGAGGGGGAAGCCCCGAGGUGUGCCCUGAUAUGCAGCCCUAGGAUCUGAAGGGGUGAUCCCGAAGGCUUAUGUAAUGUGCUGUGUGGGGCACAACCCGGGGGCACUUCUGGGUGAGUGCACCCGGAGGCUAUCUUUGAUGGAGUGGAGUGAAGUACAAAACCCGGGGGCUUCCAAAAUAUAGUCGUUGGAAAUAUGGCCGUUGGAAUAUGUAACGACAGGAUAUAGCCGUUGGGGGGGGGGGGGGUGGCACACGUGGCAUGUGAAGGCUGGUUGUCCGUGGGCGGCGUCACCGGUUGGGUGAAACGGCGGUGUGUAAUGAUGGCGUCCAUCCGGAGGCCCGGAAUCCAGGCCCAAGCCCGGAUUCAUCGCCUAUAAAUACCUCAAGGCCAGGCGUUCCUCCGUGUGCGAUAAACUUGUUAGCGAAGCUCUGUCAAUUUUUCUAGAGAGAGAAAGUUCAGCCUUCGGUCAAAACUCAGCUUCCGAGGUCAGUGCUCCCUGCCUUUCUCCUUCUAACAUAGCUGUACUGUGCCCUUAGUUUAGGAGAUAGAAUUCACUAGGAACCUUAGUUCCCCCGAACCCUCGAGCUAGAGUGUAGAAUGUCGUCCCAGAGUGACUCUCAGGACAUCUCGAGGACGCCCUCGAUGGAGGACGAAGGCAUCUCCGACGUGGAGUCCAGCAGCAGUCAGCCCUCGGAUGGUGGUGAUGUAGCCCUCGCCACUGAGGUGCAGAAGGAUCUGACGGCCGAGGCCGAGGCGGAGGAAUUCGAGCGGACCGCGGAAGAUGAGGAGUUAGUCCUCGCCGUCCAGGUUGCUGAGGAGGAAGAAGAAAAGGAGAGGGCGAAGGUCACUGUGGCCGUCCUUCCCCCUCGGGGUGCUGGUGAGGCCAGUACCUCCCGGCCGUUGAACGCAGUUCCCCUCCGGGUGGCCCCCGGGAUGAAGAAGAGAAAGACGAAGGCCGCCCCUCAGAAGAAAACAAAGACCGUCGAUCAGGGGGGGCCAGUUGAUCUACCGGAGGGUUAUUCCUUCCUGGACACCGCCGCUCUGGAGAUCAAGUCCCAAGCUGACAGGGCGGACAUCUAUAUCACCCAAUUGCAUGUAGGGCCCUCAGCCGUGGUAGUCGAGCCAGGUCCCGAUGACGUGCUGUCGCGGCCCCCCGAGGGAUGUAUAGCCGUGCACGUGCUUUCGGUCUCAAUGGGCCUCCGGUUCCCUCUCCAUCCGUUCCUCCGGGAGUACCUGAGGUACACCGGCCUGGCCCCCUGCCAAUUGACUCCCAACAGCCACUCGUACAUAACGGGGUUUGUGAACCUGUGCAAACUCCGGAAGGUUACACCGAGCCUGGAGUUAUUCUUCCAAAGCUUCAACCUAUGCCGGGGGGGACAUACAAAUGCUGAGGGCUAUGCGAACUUACAACAGAUAGCCCAGUUCAAGCUGUUCACUGAGGCCCCCUCUUCCAACAAGGGGUGGAGAGAGCGAUGGUGCUUCAUCAGACUGGCCGACAGCCCGUUCCCGAGGGAGUUGCGGAAUUGCUUUCGGCGCCAUGUGAAGGCCAAGAGUGCCGCCCUCGAGAAGGAUGGCCUGAAGAUUGCAAAGAUUCCCGAGGGUCGGGAAAAGAACGUAACCAUCAAGGAGUGCACCCUCGAGGAGGACCUGUAUACCCUCGGAUUCCUGAUGUAUCGGUUCAUUGGGGAGACCGAUGAGAAAUAUCCCCUCUACGAUAAAGCCUUCGUGGGAGCAGGAGGUAGUGGCCGGGGGCUUUACAUUUUCGUACUUAGAGAUUUUUUUGUUAUGUUUGUUGUCAUGUGUUUGACCCCUCGGUUCUAACCUUUCAACUUGUUGCUGUCGUUCUUUGCAGGUAGCAGGAUGAAUGCCAACGCCUUGUUCGCGAAGAGGAAGGGCAAGACCCAGCAAAAGGAGAAGGGGCCCUCGGGCCAGAAGCCAGUUGACGCGCUUUUCCCGAAGGCCAUAGAGCCUUCCGCCGGGAACGCCCAUGCUGUUGUGGGGACCGGGGGGUCGAAGGCCGAGGCGGCCGCUAAGAAGAAGAGGAGCGACAAGGGGGUGGAGCCCCCUACCAAGAAGCAGAAAGGCGCCGGGGGUGCUGUCGGGGGGGCGGCCCCCCUCAUAGUUAUUGAUGACAUGCCAGCUGCUGGUGAGCCUCUGGCCUCGGUCCCCCCGAAGGAUCCGGUAAAUCCCCCCCGGGCGGAAUCACCCCGGGAGAUCCGUCAGCUCUCCUUUGCCCCCGACGCGUAGUUGAUGCACGGCACUGCCGAGCCGAAGGCCUUCCUGCGGGGCAUCACCUCGAAGAUGGACAGGGAAGUCUUCGAGACCUACGAUGACGAUGCCCUCGAGAACAGGAUCCUCCGGUCCUCGCUCACUGCCUGCAUAGCCCUCGGGGAACAGGCCCGGAGGCGUGAGGAAAGGCGUCUCCACGAGGCUGCCCAGGAUAAGAAGGUGGAGGGGCUGAUCCGUAAGAACUCUGAGGCAGUGAAGCAUGCUGCCCAGCUGGAGGAGGCCCUUCGGGAGGCGAAGGCGGCGGCGGAGAAGGCCAAGGCUGAUGGAAUAGCCAAAGGCAAGGCAGAGGCCGAGAGGGCCGCUGCCGAGGCGGCGAAGAAAGCCGCCGAUGAAGCCCAAACUGCUAAGGAGAGAGCUGCGGCCGAGGCCCGAGGGGAGGCAGUUGCGGAGUUCCUUGCUGAGGGCUGGAGGGCCGAGGGCCACAAGGAGUGGGUUGCCUCCGUGGUGGCAGCCUCGGUGGAUGCUUGGGUUGAAGUCCCCGGGGUAGACUGGCUGACCGAUAGGGGCGACGCCUACUAUCAGGGGGGUGAGUUCUUUACCCAGCACCUGAUAUACCGGAGGCUCGCCAGGCACUUCGGCGUAUCCCUCGAACAAUUUGACCCCUCGGUAUAUGGCCUCCCUCCGUUGCAACCAGAUGUUAGAGUUCCCCUCCCCCCGGGUGAAGAGCGGCCAACAAUCUAUGAUUCUGUGAUGAUGGGGGGUGACGGGGUUGGAGCCAUCGGGGGUGAUGCUGCCGGAGAAGAAGUCUCCUCCAAGGCUGUCGGGGAAGAUGCCCCCGGUGACAACGAGGCUGAAGCCGUCGAGAAGAUUAUCACUUAGUCAAAUCUUUUCUUUUUAAAAAAACCUUGUAAUGAAAUUUUUGUUGCCCCUCGGCCUUGGCCACACUCUGUAAUGAUCAUAUUGACUAUUUUUGUGUUGUAAUUGAAUGAUUGCCUUCGGGCUUGGUGUAUAUGAUAUGCUUCCUUCUGAUC